GCGAGGCUGAGUAGUCAUGUGACUGUUGCAGAAGCUGGCUGGUACCUCUCACAAUAGGAAGCCGGACAACUGCAGUGUGAUUGUGCUUACAAGUGCGUCACCAUCCCUCACACAAUUCAGCUGCAGCCUCGGUCACCAUAAUUCUUGCCAUAUUUGCCACGUGCAACCCAGACACCAGGGCUAAGAACACGACCUGAAUCAUGUCUGAGAGGCUCCUUUGGCUUCUCCUGCUGCUGUGGGGACCUUACACACAUCUGGAAGCUGAAGGCGUACAACUGGUGAGGUUGCCACCAGAUUCUGAACUGACCCAGGCGUUCAUAAUCUCAGAGCGACUUCACACAGACAAUGUUUCAUCUACUGCGUUGCUUCGUGAGCAUUCUGAAGAGCCUACAACUAACACGAAUGAUGGUUUUGCUACUCUCAACGUUACUGUGUGUGGAACAGUGAACCUGAACAAAAUCGUGGAUGGACUGCUUGACAGCUUGCGGACGGAUAUCAUAGAGCGAGGAAAAGAUAAAAUUAGUAUACCAGAUAUGCACAAAACUUUCCACAAGAAAGUGGGAUUUCUCAAAGUGAAAGGUCAGUUUGAUGGUGAGGAUGGCUGGGCGAAAAAUCUUUCUACAGUGCACAGAACUGCAGACGUUGUAGCUUCAUCAUAUGGCAACUGGAUAUCUGUGUCAUGUGGCUUCGGCCUCGGAUAUCUGGAAGUGGGAUACGACAGAUAUCAAGCCAAGUUCAUAAGAAUCGGACCGCACGGAAAGAUAAGGGGUAUUAUUGGCAAGAAUUCUAUACUUCUCAAUGCGACUGUGACAUUGGGAGCUCAUAACUGUACUAUGACUUUGAAUGAACUGGUUUUGAACCAGUUCGGAGAGCUUAAUUUGAACGUAACAGGUUUGGGCCCAUUAAACUGGCUAUUUUCCAAAAUCUCUACUUUGAUUCUCCAGCACUUCAAAAUGGAAAUUAAAGGCAAAAUAGAAUCCACACUGAAGGAAGAAAUAACAGAGAAGUUAUCCCAUUUUGAUUGCAUGGAAUACUUGCGCUAAUUGUGAUGUAUGAGGUUUGUGUAGCGAAAACCAGAGAAAAAGUCCUGUAUUUGCGGAUAAAAAGCUGUGUGCUCUGUAAAUUUUACCGAUGUUUCAAAGAAACAUGCCUCCGACUUCAGGAUAGAAGUUUCAUAUUCCAAAACACAGUAACCUUCAUAGUCAUUGCUGCAAAAAUCUAAAAUUUCACAUAAACUUACAAGUUUUGUAACAUACCUCGUUUCAGAGCCGCGCCAUUGCUCAAGCAGUUAGUCGCUGGCUUCCCACAGCGACGGCCCGGGUUCGAUCCCGGGAUCUGGUC